AUGACUGCAAUCACGACUGCAAUCACGACUGCAAUUUCUGCUAUCAUCAUCCUACUCUUACUGAUCGGUGUUUGCCCUACCGCAUCACAGGAUGAAAUUGGCUUAGACAACCUUGGCGUCAGUGACAGUAUCGCAGGGGCAAACGUGAACACAACAACAUUUCUGACACAUGGUGACAUUGCCCCCAAUUUACAAAGAAAUGCAGUUCCUUGCACAAGAAGAGGAUGCAAAUGGCCUAAGUGGGGAAGACGCGUCUAUGUGCCUGUCACUAUUUCAUCCCGAUUCACCAGCCAAGAGCGCAGAACAAUCAUUCGUGCUUUAGUGAGUUUUCAUCGGAGCACAUGCAUUCGCUUUAUGUGGAAACGCAGUUGGCAAAAAACCUAUCUGCACUUUUUCUCUGGAUCUGGGUGUUGGUCAUACCUUGGUCGUCAAAGGGGAAGGCAGCUAGUCUCUUUGCGGAAAAAUGGCUGUGUGCGCCAUGGCAUUGUGCAACACGAGGUUCUUCACGCUCUUGGAUUUCACCAUGAGCAAGUUCGGUCUGACCGAGAUGCUCACGUCAGAAUUUUGUUUCAGAACAUAAUUUCAGGAUUUGAAAGGAACUUUCAGAAGGUGAACACCAACAACUUGGGUACUCCCUAUGACUUUGACUCCAUCAUGCAUUACAGCAAAUUUGCCUUCUCCAAAAACAGACAACCAACUAUUGUCGCUAAAAGAGACCCUGGCCGUAUGUUUGGUCUUUCAUCAAGCAUGACUCGCAAUGACAUCGCACGUGUCAAUGCUCUAUAUCGAUGCCGUAGGUAUUAA